GCCGAAACAGGUUGCUCACUUGCCGUCGUCUUCUCCCUUCUCGCACUGCCCCCAAUCCCCACCCAAACCCUCGUCGCACCAAUCACGAGCACGCCAUGGCGCCGCCGCGCCAGCCCCCGGAGCUCAUCGACGACGCCGUCGCCGAGAUCCUCCUUCGCAUCCCUCCGGACGAGCCCGCGGACCUCUUCCGCGCCUCCCUCGUCUGCAAGCUCUGGCUCCGCAUCGCAUGCGACCCGGCCUUCCUCCGCCGCUACCGCGCCUUCCACCGAGGUGCCCCGCUGCUCGGCUUCUUCUACCGCGUCAGAUGCCCGAGCCGUUCCCCUCUCUUCAUCCCCACCACGGCAGCAUCGCCCUCCUUGCGCCCGCCGGCGUACGACGACCACAAUUGGUUGGUCGUCGACUGCCGCCACGGCCGCGUCCUCCUCAGGAACAGGAAAUCGGACAAGACCUCCUUCUCUCUGUGGGAUCCGAUCACCGGUUCCCGGGAUGAGCUGCCGCCGCUCGAUAUCUGGUGCACGCUCUACUCAGCUGUGGUGCUCUGCGCCGUGGCCGGCUGCGAUCACCGCGACUGCCACGGAGGUCCGUUGCUCGUGGUCUGUGUGGGGAACGGCUAUGGGGGCAAGGCCGUACGCGCGUGCGUGUACUAUCGAGGCCCGUGCCUGGGGCACGCCAGAUUCUGCUUACAUUGAAGGCACGUACAUCUUCCACUCAAACCGUGCUGCCCUUAUCGGAGAUGAAAUCUACUACCUUAUUGUUGACCUUGGUGCCGGAAUUCUCAAGUAAGAUUUGGUCAAGCAUAGCUUUUCGAAGAUUGACUUGCCGGGUAUGUACGGAAAGGAAGUCCUGAUGCAAAACGAGGAUGGUUCACUGGGGUUCGCUGGUGUAAGUGGUUCCAGACUUCACCUUUGGUCGAGAAUGGUGAAUCCAGAGGGGGUUACAGGAUGGUUACAGCAGAGGGUCAUCAAGCUUAAGAUAUCGCCUAAAGCUUUUGCUUUUGGUUUUGCUGAGGGUGCCGGGGUUUUCUUCAUGAGCACAAAAGCUGGUGCUUUCACAAUUGAGCCGAAGUCAGGGCGGGUGAGGAGGGCAGGCGAGUCUAGGGAUUACUGUGCCUUCUUCCCCUUCAUAAGCUUCUUCACUCCAGAUUAUGCUUGUGGGAAAUUGCUAUUGCUAUCGAAGACAAAUUAAUCACUGAUGAGCACGUUUGGCAGCAGCUGACUACUUUCCAUCAAGUUGAGUCUGCUACUGUUGGCAUCUUAUUGGAGCUGAUGCUUCUUUGCCGUUGUGUCGGUAGUUUAAUUUAUGAGGACACAUUAUGCUGUAUGUCUCUGGUUGGUUAUGAUUGUGUGACAGUGAAAUCUGAGUUUCAGGUUGUCUGUUAAUGUUACUUUGGUUGGUGUGUGUUAUAUUGAUGGUUGAAGACUCUGACCUGAACUUGAUAGUUUGGGGUUAUUUUUUCUGAAAUGAAUCUGGAUGCUUCAGUUUAUUUUCUACUGGAAA